AUAUUAAUACAGUCACUUUUCCUUAACGGUAAAGCUCAAAGGGUGUGGUCACGGUUGGCUUACAGUACCUCUCAUGUCAUACCAUAUAUACUACCAUUUUUUUCAGUAAACAAAUACAUUGAGGUUUCUCUUUCAGCUGUUCUUUGUCUCCUCUUCAAGCUGAAUUAACAGUACCCUUCAAUUGUCUCUAUCACUAUCUUGCUUACAAGCUUUGGUUUUCAUUCUCUACCUAAUUCAACACCACCACCACCUCUCCUCUUCUUCUCUUUUAACAAACUGGUGCUCUCUCUCUCUAGCAUCUUUCGAGCUCUAUAAGAAGAUUUCUUUUGACCCCCUUGACUGCAAUCACAACAUCAUAUUAUAUAUCAUACCAUAAUUCUACUCAAACCAACAUAAAAUGGCUGUAAGUACAAGAGUUCAUUUUCUCUUUCUUUGCUUGAUUGGAUUCAUCUCUCUAUCGGUCGAAGCUGCUGUCAAGAAAUACCAAUUUGAUAUUCAAGUGAGAAAUGUAAGUAGAUUGUGUCACGCCAAGCCCAUUGUUACAGUAAAUGGGAGGUUUCCAGGGCCAACAAUAUAUGUCAGAGAAGGAGAUAGGGUUCUCGUGAAUGUGACCAAUAACGCACAAUAUAACAUGUCUAUUCAUUGGCAUGGAUUAAAGCAGUUUCGUAAUGGAUGGGCAGAUGGGCCUGCUUAUAUAACACAAUGUCCUAUCAAGACAGGCCAUACAUAUACCUAUGACUUCAACGUAACAGGGCAAAGAGGAACAUUAUGGUGGCAUGCACAUAUCUUAUGGCUAAGGGCUACUGUUUAUGGUGCUAUUGUUAUCAUGCCUAAACCAGGGACACCAUUUCCUUUUCCUCAGCCACAGAGGGAAGAACUCCUCAUUUUAGGAGAAUGGUGGCACAAUGAUGUGGAACAGAUUGUUAAACAAGGGAAUAAGAUGGGACUGCCUCCAAAUGCAUCUGAUGCGCAUACCAUUAAUGGGAAGCCUGGACCCCUCUUCCCAUGCUCCGAAAAACAUACUUUUGCCAUGGAAGUUGAACAGGGAAAGACAUACCUCCUGAGGAUAAUCAAUGCUGCACUCAACGAUGAGCUUUUCUUUGCCAUUGCAGGGCACAAUCUGACAGUAGUAGAAAUUGAUGCCGUUUAUACAAAACCCUUUACAACUCGAGCAAUAUUAAUUGCACCAGGCCAAACAACAAAUGUUCUUGUUCAAGCAACACAAGCACCUAACAGAUAUUUCAUGGCAGCAAGGCCUUUCAUGGAUGCACCACUUUCCGUUGACAACAGGACUGCCACUGCUAUACUACAAUACAAGGGCAUUCCCAAUACUGUACUCCCUAUUCUUCCUCAGCUUCCUGCACCUAAUGAUACAGUUUUUGCCCUUAGCUACAAUUCCAAGCUUAAAAGCCUUAAUACACUACAAUUUCCUGCAAAUGUACCACUUAAAGUUGACAGACAUCUUUUCUACACAAUUGGUUUAGGAAUAAAUCUCUGUCCAACGUGCUUAAAUGGAACCCAACUCACUGCUUCUUUAAACAACAUAACUUUUGUAAUGCCUCAAAUUGGCCUACUUCAAGCUCAUUACUUCAACAUAAAGGGAGUAUUCAGAACAGAUUUUCCUGAUAAACCACCAACACCUUUCAAUUAUACUGGUGCACCUCUGACUGCAAAUCUUGGGACUACCUUAGGCACAAGGCUUAGUAAAAUUGCAUACAAUUCAACUGUGCAAUUAGUGCUACAAGAUACAAAUCUUCUAACUGUUGAAUCACACCCUUUUCACUUGCAUGGCUAUAAUUUCUUUGUAGUUGGAACUGGGAUUGGAAACUUUAAUCCUAAAAAAGAUCCAGCAAAAUUUAACUUAGUUGAUCCUCCUGAAAGAAAUACAGUUGGUGUUCCUACUGGCGGAUGGACUGCCAUUAGGUUCAGGGCAGAUAAUCCAGGGGUGUGGUUUAUGCAUUGUCACUUGGAGCUACAUACAGGAUGGGGUUUGAAAACAGCAUUCGUUGUUGAGGAUGGAAGUGGACCAGAUCUAUCCGUCAUGCCUCCACCCAAGGAUCUUCCUCCUUGUUAGAAUUUCCAAAACUAAACACUGAAUUUGGAUUCUUUAAUGAAUUUGGAUUCAUUAACCAUCUUUUCAAUUUAUUAUUUUCAGGCAUAAAUGCUUGAAAAGUCCAGGAAUUAGAUUAGAGGCUGAUGUAUUAAAUGGAGGAAAAGAAUUAAACAUUUGAAAUUGUAAUUGUAUUUCAAAUUCAAAUUAUUGUGCAAUAAAUUUCUGGGUCCAUAGCGGCCACAUAUUUUAAGUCCAA